ACCCAUUUUCCCGAAAAGAAACGACGUCGUUUAGAACCACUCGCCGUCGAGUUGAUACAGUACAGUCUGCUUGUUGAGUUGCGCAGUUCAGGUGUUGUAAAGAAGAAGAAGAAGAGUAACAGGAGAAAGAAUAAUUAGUUGAACAUCUAAUUCAAAUAUGAGUUUUCUUCUUCAAAGAGUAAGAUCUAACUCAACUACCUUACGUGUCCCAUUUUCAUGUCUCCGAUCUCAGUCACCGUCGGUCAAAUAUUUCUCGGUCCAACCCGACCAACCUCUCCCUUCGUCAACAAUCGAUCCUUUUCUCCGAACUACCGGCGAAGGUGUGGCGUAUGGGAAGUUAUUUGGCAUCAACAAACACACAUUGAAGACGGACAUUGUUAAUUUGCUUGAAGGCUGUAAUUUACACACUGAUGACAUUAAAAUCAGCUACAACAACAAUUAUAAUCCUCUUGCUAUGACGAUACAAUUCUCUUCCGCUCAGUCGUUUGAAAAUGCAAUUAAGGUUAUUGGGAGGAAGGGUCGUCUUUACAGACUCGAGAAGUCUGAUCGUUCUCAGUGGGAUCCUAUUAUGCCUUAUGACGGAAAAACUGCUGUACUUCAUGGAAUCCCUAUUAAUGCAUUCCCAGAAGAUGUUGAGCGCUUCCUGUCUGGCUGUGAAUUCGAUUCUUCUUCUAUUCGGAUGCUUAUGAGGCCAGGACUAGGAUUUACUAAACUGGCAUCGGUACGUUUUCUUUCGAGGGGUGAGGCAAUGAAUGCAUUAAUCACAAAGAACCGAGGCUUCUGUUUAAAUAAUCAAAUUUCAGUGCAAGUUCUCCAAUGAAGCUUCUUUCGGUCCUACUGGCUAUAAUACAGUGUUUGGGACUGUCUUGCUUCAAAACCAUGCUCCCAUUAGGAAUUUUAUGCAAGGGUUGGACUAUAUUAGUAUUUGCCUUGGUAUAGUAAAAAAAUAUGAAGUACUUUGCUUUGUUGAGAACAUGUUAAAGCUUCAUGUUUUCAUUAGAGUAGAAACUUUGUUGAUGUUUUGACAAUUACAUGCAAAUUUUAGCAUUGCCACAAGAUA